AUGAGAGCAAUUUCCGUUUUCAUCUUCUCUUUGAUCGCCAGCCUUGUUGCUGCCGAGACUCACACCUGGUACUUUGAAACCACUUGGGUCAAUGCCAACCCAGAUGGUGUUUUAGAGCGUCCAGUCAUUGGUUUCAAUGGCUCCUGGCCAUUGCCAACCUUGACUGUUAAGAAGGGAGAUACCGUUAACUUGUAUUUGACUAACGGUUUUACUGACAGAAACACCACUUUGCACUUCCACGGUAUGUUCCAGAACGGUUCGGCCCAAAUGGAUGGUCCUGAGAUGGUUACCCAAUGUCCUAUUUCUCCUGGUGACACUUACUUGUACAACUUCACUGUCGCAGAGCAGGUUGGUACCUACUGGUACCACUCGCACACUGCCGGUCAGUAUGGUGACGGUAUGAGAGGUCUCUUCAUUAUUCAAGAGAAGGAUGACUCUGACUACCCAUUCAAGUUUGACGAGGAACUCACCUUGUCUAUUGGUGAGUGGUACCACAAGCUGGCCGAUGAGUUGAUUCCAAAGUUUUUGAACAGAUACAACCCAACUGGUGCUGAGCCAAUUCCUCAGAACACCUUGUUCAACGACACCAGAAACAACACCUGGAAGGUUCAGCCUGAUACCACUUACUUUGUCAGAAUUGUUAAUGUUGGAGGUUUUGUCUCCCAGUACUUGUACAUGGAGGACCACGAGUUCGAGAUUGUGGAGGUUGACGGUGUCUAUGUUGAAUCCAACACCACCGACAUGCUUUACAUUACAAUUGCUCAGCGUUACGGUGUGUUGAUUCACACCAAGAACGAUACCAGCAAGAACUAUGCUUUCAUGCAAAAGAUUGACGACGACAUGUUGGAUGUUAUUCCUUCCGACUUGCUUUUGAACUCCACCAACUACAUCGUUUACGAUGAGCUGGCUCCAUUGCCUGAAGAAUACUAUGUUGACGAACUUGACUUCUUUGAUGACUUCUACUUGAAGCCUGUCUCCAAGGAGCCUCUCAUGGACGAUGCUGACCACGUUAUCACCAUUGACGUUGCUAUGGACAACUUGGGCAACGGUGUCAACUACGCAUUCUUCAACAACAUCACCUACGUCACUCCAAAGGUUCCAAUUGUCUCCACCGUUUUGUCUGCUGGUGAGCUUGCUACCAACUCCUUUAUCUACGGUAAUGUCAAUGCCUUUGUCUUGCAAAAGGACGAUAUCAUUGACAUUAGACUUAACAACUUUGAUACCGGUAAGCACCCCUUCCACUUGCAUGGUCACGUUUUCCAGGUGAUCGAGAGGGCUCCAGGUGUGCCAGACACUGAGUCCCCUGUCCCAUUCGACCCAGAAAACCAUGCUGAGUACCCAGAGUACCCAAUGAUCAGAGACACUGUCUACGUUAACCCACAGUCUUAUGUUGUCAUGAGAUUUAAGGCUGACAACCCAGGUGUUUGGUUCUUCCACUGUCACAUUGAGUGGCACUUGGAGCAAGGUUUGGCUAUUGUGUUGAUUGAGGCUCCAGAGGAGAUGCAGAAGCAAGAGAGUCAGCAGUUGACCGAUAACUUCAAGCAGGUUUGUAACAAGACUGGUGUCGCUUACGCCGGUAACGCUGCUGGAAACACUGUCAACUUCUUGGAUUUGACUGGUGCUAACGUUCAACACAAGGCUUUGCCAUCUGGUUUCACUGCUAGAGGUAUUGUGGCUUUGGUGUUCUCCUGUAUCGCUGGUAUCCUCGGUCUUGUUGCUAUUGCUUUCUACGGUAUGGCCGAUGUCAAGAACAUCGAGGAGAAUGUUAUCAGAGACUUGGACGUGGACAUCGAUGAUAUUGAUGAUGAUGUAUCCACUCCUCUCAAUGAAAGCUCUUCUGAGCGCAGAUGA